AGGGUCAGUGCAGUCCUGCAGCUCAUGCGAACUGAGACAAGCAAGCAUCUUACUUGGGCCCUGCAUGCAUAUAAUAUGCGACGCAUGCAUGGAAGAGCUGCGGACCCCGACAUGUCCCAAGUGCCAGGAAGUGUUUACAUGGAGAAAGACGAGUCUCGCCAGAAGCCUCUUUCCGAGGGAACACGCGUAUGCUGUGAUCGGGAGCAAGUCCAACGUCUCGUUGCCGUCCUCCAUCACGACCGUGAAGGAUCUCUUUCGGGGUCUUUGGAAGCCGGAAGAGUGGAUCCUAUCCGAUUUGAGGCAUCUGAAGAUCUGUGAUCUGCCCGAGAAUAUCAACUUGGUUUCCUUCGUCAAUGUCGAGUUAGAUAACGAUGAGGUCUCUUCUGGGACUGCAACUUCUGCCACCCAAUAUCCUCCGGACUCAUCCCAGGAAUCGAACACCGAAGAAUAUUGGGAAACGGAAAGCGGGAGCAGACUCUCCCUUGCAGACUCGACGACGGAGGAAUUCGUCGAGGAUAUGGACGAGACAUGAUCUCACGACAGACAUCAUUGCAACAUCUACCGGUGUACCUUUAUGUUUCAGAAUGUUUGUGUGUCUGUACUUGAUGCACGGCCAUGCCAAUGAUACCAGUCC